CUCUAUAACGGACUCCAAUAUUUGAACUCGUUAAAGCCUCUUCUUCCUAUCAACCUUUCUCUCUCGGAACCUCUCAAUCCUACUUCAAUUUCCAGGAGAAGUUGUUUUCUUAGUUUUGGAUUCUCUGAUACAGUAGAAUUUCCCCUGAACCUUCUAUGGCUCCUAAGAAUUCCAGCUGGAACCCUUUUGAUGAUGAGAAGGAGGCUGCUAAGAGUUUCAGUUUGAACCCUUUUGAUGAUGAUGAUGAUGACAAGGAGGUUGAGAAAAGAUUCACUUCAUCCUUGAAGCCCUCGGGAGGUAAAGAGAACCAGACGGUUCAAGAACUUGAGAGCUACGCUGUGUAUAACUCUGAGGAAACAACGAAAACCGUACAAGGGUGUUUGAAAGUUGCUGAAGAGAUUAGAUGUGAUGCUUCUAAAACUUUGGUUAUGUUGAAUGAACAAGGAGAUCAAAUUACUAGAACACACCAGAAGACGGUUGAUCUCGAUCAUCAUCUUUCUCGGGGUGAGAAGAUUCUUGGACGCCUCGGAGGUGUUUUUUCAAGGACUUGGAAGCCAAAGAAGUCUCGUUCUAUAACUGGCCCUGUCAUAACCAAAGGUGAUUCACCUAAGAGAAAAGUUAUCGACUUAAAGACUAGGGAAAAGCUGGGACUGAACCCUUCACUCAAACCAAAAUCAAAAACACUUCCUGAAGCCGUUGAUGCUUAUCAGAAAACACAGAUUGCAAAGCAAGAUGAAGCCCUUACCGACUUAAGCGCUCUUCUUGGCGAGUUGAAAAAUAUGGCAGUGGACAUGGGAACAGCAAUCGAAAGGCAAACCAAUGAACUGGAUCAUCUUCAAGAUAAUGCUGAUGAGCUCAACUACAGAGUUAAGCAAUCGAACCAACGGGCUCGCUAUUUACUCCGGAAGUAAAAGUAGCCAGAACUCUGUUCAUAACCAAGCUCGUCCGCUUCUCCCCAUUCUUCUGAUGAAUUUGUUGCUUAAAGUCAAACAUAGAUUUUCAAUAUAUUAGUUCUUUUCUUAAUGAAGUGGAAACAUUUAACAACUGCAGAAUACAGUUAGAGUAACAAGCAAACAUUUGGUUCCAAAGAUUUGUGUUUGAAAUAAAGAAUAACUUGAGUUUUGUGUCUGGAAAAUAUGAAUAGGAUCAGGUGGAAGAAGAGACAAGAGACAUGAACUCUUGAUCUGAUUCCAAAGCUUCCAUAAACUCUGGAAGUAGACAUACUUCCAAAUCUAUACUUGCUCCUCCUUGUCUUCCUGGAUAAGCUGAUACCUUCCCG